AUGAAUGGAACAGUCACGUUUGGUGGAGAUGAUAAGCAAACCCCACAACAGGAGCAGCGAUGGAAGGUCGUGGGGAAACGAAAAUACGGAGCCUACCAUCGUGGGGGGCGAGCUUGGCCGAGGGAGGCAGGUGAACAAGCAGAUGGAAAUGCCGUGGACGGGGCCGCCAAGACGCUGAAGGAUCACCAAUCCAAUUUUGUUACAAAGAAGGCACACAUAAAACUGUUCUACAACAGCAAAAUAAAGACUUUUCUGCAGGGUGCCUUUCACAUUUCAAAGGUGGGAAAGAAGCAGGUGGAGUCUCUUGAUGAAUCGAAAGCUCUUAUCAGAGACCUGGCUGGACAGCUGGGCAGAGUCUCACAGAAUGGAGAGACUCUGCUGAGUAGCUUAGAGGGAGACAGCUACAGCCUGGAGGAGUGUCGACUCUUCAUACUGCAGUGGGCCAAGGAGCUCAACAACCUGUCACAGUUGUGUGGAGCCCCUGAUGUGUGUGAGAGCUGGGAGCAGUAUGAGGAGAAGAAAGAGACCCAUCCAGAGGAGGCCGACAGGAGACUGAAGGCGGCCCAGAAACUGCUCUCCUCCUGGGCCACACAGCUGGACACACAGCCCCAGGACUCUGUGCAUCCUUCAGAGGAUGUGAGGGUGGUGUUGGAGGAUCUGGGGAGGCAGUGGAAGAGGGGUCACCUGGCCAACAUGCUGCCUGCCAUGGACUUCAUCAUGUGGAGUGUACUGCAGGAUACAUCAACACAGGGUGACAUUCCACAGCUUUGGUUGAAGACCAAACAGAGAUUCAAGAGUCGAGGAGCUGUGGAACACAUUCCAGACACAGUGUGGAAUUUUUUCCAUGAAUCGUCUGUGGAUGUUUCCCUGGACCCUGACACCGCCCACCCUGACUUCAGCAUGUCCCCUGACAAGAAGCGCGUUCGAGUGAAGAACUUUGAGGAAAACCUACAAAAUCCUAGAUGGGAUGAUUGCAGAAGUCCCCGUAAAUUUGACGGCUGGUGGUGUGUGCAGGGUAGCCAGGGCUUCAGCUCUGGUAGGGCCUACUGGGAGGUGGGGGUGGCUGGGAAGCAGGACUGGAGGGUGGGGGUGGUGCGGGAGUCAGCACCCAAGAACGGCUUCAUCGACCUGAACACCCAGUCAGGCUACUGCACCCUGCGCUUCCAGAGAGGGGAGCUCCGGGCCUUAUCUGUGCCUGCCAGAGACCUGCCCCUGCCCCAUCCUCUCACCAAACUGGGGGUCUACCUGGAUAUGGAGGAGGGACAGGUGUCCUUCUAUGAUGCUGUGAAGCGCAGACACAUCUACACCUUCAACGAGACCUUCACUGAGAAGAUGUAUCCUGUGUUUGGCACCGUAGAGACAGACAUGGAGCUGGUUAUACUGUAAAUGAAUCAGACUCAAAGCUCGAUAAAUAUAGUAGAGAGCUGGAUAAAUACACGUACAAAGCAACAGUGGAUCACUAUAGGCUAUACUAUAAGUGCACCUUAGAGAGAGACUUGUACGGGGUAUGCUGUAAAUCUUCCAGCUCUAUCUAAUGGUUUCUUUAAUCUUAUCCAAUCGAUUAAAAACUAUCAUUCCUUUACCUUGUACAAAAGCCACAGGAUAUUGUUGCAGAACUGUAAAAAAAAAAACCCAUCUUCCUGCUGCUUGUAUUUGAUGAAAAUAUCUCUUCCAUUGUUACUUUGUAUAGACUUGAUGUAAUGAAAAAAGGAGACGCACACAAAGCUUGUGUAACGGAGGCUAACUAGCACAGAGUUGGCGUGGAACGUUGGUUAACCUCCCUCCGAUAGCCUCAUACAGUCUCGUGCCGUUGGGCCCAGCGGUAUCGUACUGUGUCUCCCAUUGCCGGACCGUUGUAGUUGACGAGGUCGCACGUUCGAUCCCCAAGGGGGGUGAACAGGUGCAAGAUGACCUCCGCCACACUCGAGUGAAAAAUGUACAGUAUAUUGUAUCCGAAAAUUUACAGCAGAAGUCAGAGGUUAAAAAGUGGAGCAAUAGACGUUUUGGACCUAGUCCACGUGGACGCACCAAGCAAUACACGGGUCUAAAGUGUAGACGCAGACGCCGACCUUGUUGGUUUUUGUACUUUGUAUAGACAGCAUGUGCGUAAUUGCACCACUGUUGAGUUGAGUUAUAAAUCCCACAGUAUCUUCGUCUUUAUCGAGACUUGGGUGCCAUAUUGAGUCAAGUGAGGUCUGAUUCAUAUGUUGCGCAGUGUAGAAGAGCAGAAGAUAGAUGUACAGUGUACGUACAUAGGAUAUGGACCUUUCUUUGGCUAAAUGGAUGUAGUUGGGAUAUUUGUGAUGGCAUUGAAAGAUUUUGUGAUACUCACGAGUUCAGUUGUAGGUUGAGUAAAAUGCAGGUAUGUCAGAUAGGAAUGCUGAUACAUAAUAGGAUUGUGUGAGAGAUAUGGGGGGUGUUAUCUGCAGGGUUUUUUUUAAAGGGUGGGUGAACUUCUCACUUUAGCCAUCUGUAGGGACUGCAUGGAGUGACUCAAUUUCACCUGGUGAUGGAGUAAAAUGUAAUGGUGUACAAUGACUUGUGCAAAAAAUGUUCAUUGUUAUUGUCCCGAAAUGUUCUGAUAUUCAAAUUAGGUGUGUUUUAUGUAAUAUAUACAUUACUUUAAUGUUAAAACACUUACAUUGGCCAUUUAUACCUGUAGGCCUACUUGACCUGGAUCACCACUGCAGGCUUUGUCUCUGACAGUAAAUGUGUGUCAGUGUGUGGCCAUGCAUAGGCCUAUAAUGUUGGUGUAACAUGUACGUUCUCAUGUGUGUUUUGUUGUUACAAUGUACCAGUUACUUUGAUGUUGAGUACUCUGGAGUACAAAGGUAACCAUAGCAACAUGACAUGAACACCCCUGAACAUUUGGUGCACACGGUUAGCUGUUCCAUUUCAUGCCAAAUUGUGCCAAAACAAAAUAUCCCAUCAAAUAUCGUCAACUACAUGUGUCUGUAUGAAUGACAUUAUGGAUUAAAUGAAUCAUGCACAAAUUGAAAUAAAAAGCUCACAGCGGCCACAAUAAACUCUUUAUUUU